ACAGACACACACGCACGCCCGCGCGCCCGCGCGCGCCCAGUAUGGCAAGCGGCGGUCCGAUGCGCCUUUGUUUAUUUGCGGAACGGGACGUUUUUGUGAAGCUGCACCGAGGGGCUUCGCUUUAUGAAUGAACAACGAGAAGGGGGGCGAAAUGCGAGUGACUGCAAAAAGCGGCCAGCCUGGCGACCAGACAGGCAGCAGCCAGUGAUGAGAAGGAUUAAAACCGGAGAGAGACCGCGACUCAAUGCGGAAAAGCGUCUGACUGCAGACUCAUGUGAGAAGGCGCCGUGAGGGAACGUGCUCCGCAGCGUUGAGCCAGCGAGAGAGAAAACCCCGUCGACCGCAAUGUCUAUCCACAUCGUGGCGCUUGGCAGCGAGUGCCCUGGAGGAGUUGGGCCGGGGGAGGAAGUCAUAGGACAGGGGCAGCUGCAGGGGGGCCUGCUGUGGAGCUACCUAGGUCACGGAGCCGUAGUUGGACCUCGUGACCUGGAGAGCAGCUUGCACAACCCGGCCUUCAUGGAGUACACCUCACGUGUCUUCGGAGACGUCACUGUUGUGGUGCGGGAUUGUCCCAGCUGGGACUUGCUGGAUAGUGACUGGGCAAGUGUGCGGAGUGUUUUGGAACAAGCGGACAUCCUGGUCAUCAAGUAUUCGGUGAACGACAAACUAGCCUUCCAGCAGGUGAGGAACGGCUAUGCCCCCAGACUCCGCCCACUGCUGCGGCACUGGGGCGUGCCGGUCAUCUUGGUCGCUGUAGGAGCACGUCUUAAUGAUGAGGGCCCACCGUGCACGUGCCCCUUAUGUGCAUCAGACUGGAGCAGCUGUGUGCCUCACAGCGAGGGUCUGCAGCUGUCCCGGGACCUGGGGGCCACCUACCUCGAGCUUCCCUCUCUCAACCACGUCUUUGUGAGCCGCUACUUUGGCAGUGUGCUGGAGUACUUCAUGAUCCAGUGUCUGAAGCAGAAAGCCAAAGAGAGACCGGAGAAGAGGCGGGGGGCUAAACUGAGUGAGCCGCGGCCCCCUCACCUGGAACAACCAGCACGCCUUCCCCCCAUCAGAGUGGAGGAGUCCAGCUUCUCCCAGGACAUGCAGUGGCUGUUGGAGCGUGGCGUUCAGUUCGCCGACGUGGCUUUCUAUGCCGGGGACUCUGGGAAGGAGCUGGGCUGGGCGCACGCGGCCGUGCUGUGUGCCGUCAGUCCAUACUUCAGACAGCUGCUUCUGGGGCCCAAGACCAGAGAACGUCCGCAGUCAAGGUGUGUUUGCCGAGAGCGAGACGGAGGCCCCCACUCGCUGCUUUCCACCUGGGAUGGGGGUAUCAUCGACGACAUGCCACGUCCUGACGGGCACCUGGUCGGACGCCUUUCCCGUCUGGUGGUGAAGGACCCACUCCUGUGUCUGUGCUUAUGGGAGACACUCAUGUUCCUUUACAGAGGAGCAUGGGAAUGGGAGCACCUCCAGGAGGCCCUGGAGGAGAAGCUCAAGAGCUCACUUGCCGUGGUUCAACUCCUGGAGCGAAUCAGAUCCUUCGUGGGCAGAGAAAAGGGCCCCAGGGAUACCCCCAGUGCACGGGCAGCUCAACUCGGCCCUCAGACUCUGGUUAACCUCUUCAAUUCUCCUCUGUACUCCGACGUCAUCUUCAUGGUGCAAGGCAGCGUGUUGCCCGCCCACAGGGCCGUGUUGGUGGCGCGCUGUGACGUCAUGGCAGCCAUGUUCAGUGGGAAAUACGCAGAGGCCCGGAGCCGAGUGGUGCCUAUCCACGGAGUCUCCUCGGACACAUUCCUCUCCUUUCUGGAGUAUCUCUACACUGACACCUGCUGUCCCGCCAGUGUGCUGCAGGCUAUGGCGGUGCUGGUCUGUGCUGAGAUGUACCAGGUGAAACGACUGCAGCACCUGUGUGAAGUUUGUGUGUGCGCGUACCUCCAGAGCAUGCCCAGCAGAGAGCUGGCAUCCACUGGCAUCAGUGUAGUGCGACUACUUCGCAGAGCAAAGUGCCACAAUGCAGAGCAGCUGUACGUCUGGCUUCUCCACUUCAUCGCCAACAACUACUUGAUAUUCAGUCACAAACCAGACUUCCUUGAACUCUCAGAUGAGGAGCGUGAGCAUGUGGAGAGGUUGCGUUGGCCGUCCAGGGGUUAUCUGCAGGAGCUCAGUGAAUACCAGCAGCGGCGACGUAAACUACGCAAGUCCCGCUGCAUAGUCAUGUGACCCCCCCCCGUCCAACACGCUGCGCCCUGUGGAAAACCAUGCUGACUGGGCAAGGGGAGGAAUCCAGGGAAAUGGAAUAACAAGGGGUGA